AUGAACUCUAUGUGUCGUUUAUGGUUUGUGGAAAAUGCUGUGUCCUGUUUAUCCUUGUUUGUGAAGUCUGGUCUUGAAAUUGAUACGGUUUCGGUUACGACCCAUAUAAAGGGUUUUGCCAUCAACAAUCCUUCAGAAGGGUUUCAAUUUGCCAAUUACUUGUCAAUGAAGAAUAUCCCAGAUACAAUGAAUGAGAUUACUGUUGGCACAUUGAUCAUUGUUAUUGUCUGGAUAAGUGCUAAAGAAACUUCAAUCAUGCCAUUUUUUGAAAAAGAGUUGAUAAUUGAACCCAAAGAAGUAAUAUCGAGUUGCGUUACGCAACUCGAUAUUACUUCUUUGGGUUCAAUUAUCAACUCUUUUUCAAAAAAUGGCAUGAUUGAAGUUUCUUUAGCACUUAUCCCUGUUAUGUUGAAACAAGGAUUCAACCAAAACCUUAUUAUCUUGAAUAGUUUGAUGGCGGAUUUCAGUCUAAUUCGUCAAUCUGACAAGUGUAUUAAGCUUCUAGGUCUGCUAGGAAGUACUGCAAAUCUAAUAUCAUACACCAUUCUUGUCGACAGUUUAAUGAAUGAGAGCAAGGUUCAGGAAGCAAUGUCUUUUUUCCAUCAAAUGCGUGCCAAUGGUAUCAGUCUUGAUCAGUUCAUUUUAACUUCCGUCAUCAACGGUUAUGUGAACACCGGAAGGUCUAAAUUGGCUUUGUUUUUGAUUGACAAACAUCAAGAAACAUUGUUGAAAGAAACAACUGUCUUGACUUACACUGUUAUGAUUCGAGCACAUCUAAGGGCCAAACAGCUUGAUAAAGCGCAUAAGCUUUUAACAGAAAUGCAAUUUAAAGGUCUUAAGCUGAGUUCUAUAACCUACCACGUCAUCAUUGACGAGCUGUUUCGGUUGGAAUGCUUCAAUGAAGCAAAGACAGCAUUUUACCAUGCUAUAUAUAAUCAGUUGAAUGUCAGUGUGUUGGCUUUUAAUGCUUCAUAG